AUGGAGCUCUCAGACACUGUAUCUUCAUCUUCCUCCUCAGUCAAUUCACCAUUUUCAUCAUCCUCCUCAGUCUUUGCACCAUCUUCAUCAUCCUCCUCCAACUCCGUUCCUGCACCUAAGAUGGCAGAGACACCCAAUACUGCGAACUGGCCUGCACCACUGGAAGCGAAGUUCAUUGUAACUUUGAUAGAAGAAACAGAUACCCCGCGUUGGCAUUAUAUGGAGCUCUCAGACACUGUAUCUUCAUCUUCCUCCUCAGUCAAUUCACCAUUUUUAUCAUCCUCCUCAGUCUUUGCACCAUCUUCAUCAUCCUCCUCCAACUCCGUUCCUGCACCUAAGAUGGCAGAGACACCCAAUACUGCGAACUGGCCUGCACCACUGGAAAAGAAGUUCAUUGUAACUUUGAUAGAAGAAACAGGUAAAGGGAAUGUUCGUAAUGGGAUAAUAAAGAAAGACUGUGGAACCGAUAUGGAAUGGGAUUCUAAUACUAACACCAUCAAAGUUAGUGAUGUGGCGUGGUUAGAUGCAUUGAAGAUAUAUAUGGAAUCAGAUACCCCGCGUUGGCAUUAUAUGGAGCUCUCAGACACUGUAUCUUCAUCUUCCUCCUCAGUCAAUUCACCAUUUUCAUCAUCCUCCUCAGUCUUUGCACCAUCUUCAUCAUCCUCCUCCAACUCCGUUCCUGCACCUAAGAUGGCAGAGACACCCAAUACUGCGAACUGGCCUGCACCACUGGAAGAGAAGUUCAUUGUAACUUUGAUAGAAGAAACAGGUAAAGGGAAUGUUCGUAAUGGGAUAAUAAAGAAAGACUGUGGGCAAGCUGUCACCGAUGAGUUUAACAACCGAGCUGGAAAACACUAUAGCGUCGAUCAAAUAAAAUGA